UUUAAUUUAAUUUGUUGAUAUCUUACUGAUUAAGUUUGUUUGUUUGCUUUUUUUCUUUUGAUAAUUUGAGUUCCAAUAUUUGGUUAAUACAUUUUGAAAUUCGAAUUUAGAUUUAGUUAAUUGUUGUUGUUAUUGUAUAACUAAUGAAUAAUGAAGCGACGAGUUGUGAAUUUGAUCAGAAUGAUGGCAGAGAAUUGAAGGCAUCUGUGGAUCUCAGUGCAAAAUAUUAAACAAAGUGAUAUUUAAUUGUUUGCUGUUGGUAUCAGUGCAUAGCAUGCGAAUAAGUACUUAGACUGGUGUUACUGGCACAGUAUCAGAUGCUAUAAUUGUGUUUGAAUUAGUAUUUCUGUAUUUACACAGUGCAGAGCCUUUUUUUGCAAGAAAAAAAGUUUUAACUCGAAGGUCAGCUGCCUAAAGCUGUUGAAUAUCUACGUGUGUGUGUGUAUAUAUUUUUUGAGAAAAUAUCAGUAUUUAUCUGGGAUCUCCUGGACAGAUGGUUAAUUGGUGAGGGUCGCAAUACUGUUUUGGGUUUAUUGCUGCAUAGAUUGUUCUGACGGAGAUGAUUAUGGAGGAGCAAGAUUCAGGUUUACUUCAAUGGGGUCUUCAUUUUUUUGAAUGUGACCCUUAUUUACCUUCUGGAUAUCAUGGUGCGAUGGUUCAGCAUGAUGCUAAUGACAUGUAUAAUGGUCAGUAUUUCAGAGAUCAUAGUGAUGCAGAGUGUAAUCAGAAGACUCUCAAUAUUCACAUGCAGGAGAAGACCACUUGCAACAUUCCAUUCAGGGUCAUGAUUAUUAAUGAAGGAUAUGAGUGUGGCCAAGAUGAAUCUGAUGAUACGGGGCCAUCCUGUUCAUGUUCUAGCCCUGGAGAGGAGGAUUCCUUUUCCUUGGAGUUAUCUGGUGAAUGUAUGCUAGAUGAGCAAGUGGAAAAAAGGUUGAAUCAAAUGAUUCCUAUUCCUCAUGUUCCUAGAAUAAAUGGGGAAAUACCAUCAAUUGAUGAAGCAACUACAUAUCAUGAAAGACUACUGAGCAGAUUGCGUUCAAAUGGCUUUGUUGAGCUUAAAGUUCAAGGAGAUGGAAACUGUCAGUUUUGUGCUUUGUCAGAUCAACUCUAUAACACACCUGAGCAUCACAAAUAUGUGAGACGACAAGUUGUAAAUCAGGUUUGUUGUUCUAGAGCUGAAGUCUCAUCAAGAGAUCUAUGAAGGAUAUGUCCCCAUGGAGUAUGGUGAAUAUUUAAAGAAGAUGUCCAAGUAUUGGGAAAACUUCUCUUAUUAUCAAUUAGAAAUGUUUUUGGCCUAAGGAUGGCCAUAAUAAUACCAUUUUUUAAAUGAUAUUAGGAGUGGUGAGUGGGGUGAUAACAUCACGCUGCAGGCAGCUGCAGAUUUGGUAUGGAUUUGGGUCGAUAUUCUCUUUCUCUCUUUCAAGUUUAUUAUGUUUUGAUUUCACUUUCACUUUUUAAAUUUUAUUAAUUUUUAAAAUGAUACAAGUUUGAUUGAUUUUUAUCUCUCAUUGCAGUAAAUGUUAUUACAUAGAUACAAGUUAUCCUAAUUGCUUGUCUUUUUCUUAUCAAAAAAAGAAAAUAAAAGGGAGAGUAAUGCUUUAUUCAUGUUCUAGCAAAACAAACUAUAUUUUAUCUUGCAGUUAACAAAUUUCUGUGUCUGUUUCAUCCAUUAUUAAUUUUUAUGGGUAUCUUAUGGCUGUUUGGUGUAAGAAUAAUUGUCAUCACUUCUUUUAAGAAUACCUGUUACAUAGAAAUUCUUCCUAAUGCCAAGAAUCCAAAAGGAGGUAAAUUUCAAAUUUGUUUAUAUUGAAAUUAUCUUCUUUUUUUUUUUUUUUUCUAUAUUCUGGUUUGGUGGUGGCCUCCGUACUUUUCUGCUGAACUUCUUGGUAAGUCAUGUAUGUGAUUAUUUUUUGUGAACUGCUUGCUAAGUCGUGUAUGUGAUUAUUUUUUGUACUGUUGUAUAAUUAAGCCAACAGAUGUUAUUCAUUGCUCAAGUUUUCUCAUCUUUUGAAUUUUGGGAUCAAAUAUUUGAGCCUACUUUAUACAUUUGUAUUACUUGACUCGUGCUUUUGCAAUUUUUUUUUCUAGUGUCUGAAAAGGCAUUUCUAUGUUUACUUUCGAAUUUGUUGAUACUAUGAUCUGGAAAAAUGACAUAAAAUAAUCCCGAGCUUUACUUAAUGUUUUCCCAUGUAGCAUGAAAAACACAUUUCCUUGAUUUUUAAUAUGCAUAUUAGUUUAAUUAGGAAAGAUUAAACUGGAGUUUAAAUAUCUGCUAAAUCAUUAUCUUCUUGGCUCAUCAUAACCUAUUUGAGCGUGUUGUGCUGUCAUUUGCAUGAGUAUUUAGGCAGAGGUCCACUACAACUGAAUCUAUUCUCAAGAAGGUAAUUACCUUUAUCCUCUCUUUCAGUGUAGCAGUAUCUGAGCUAAAGGUGUUUUUACUAAAAGAUCUAAUUUACCUGUCAUUAGGAAAACGCUUGGGUUGAUAUUGAACUACAGAACCAAUAUUUUAGAUGAUUUCUUAUAUUUAUAACUUAUAUCAAUAAUAAAUUUUGGAAUUGGGUGCUUGAUGUCCGCUGUUCAUCAUUUCAGAUGUACCCUCGCAGGAGUCUAGACGGAAGAAAAGAUGGUGGAACUUCGGGAAAUAGCUUGACGAAUGUGUAGUUAGAUUGUGGCAUACUUGUCAUUCUGUUGGAUGCUGCCAUUGCUGCUCGACUUUUCUGCAUGGGUCUACUACUUGGAGCAGGAAUUUACCUUUUCAUGUUUAUUUUUUACUGCUCGAUAUUAUAUUUCAAAAUCACAUUAUAUAUUCCCCCUUCUUUUCUCCUAGUUUUGCAUGCAUACGUAUAACAGUACAAGAGAGGGCUUAUCAAAUACAAUUCUUUGCUUCUUUUAUUCACAGUUAUAUGUUGAUUUACGUAGGCGAUAUUAUUGUGUGAAGAAGACAACUGCACUAAGCGCAAAAGGCCCCAAAGAUGUCACUGUUUAUCUGUAAAGUGUAUGCUACGUCUACUUUCUCUCUGAUGUCUAUUUAUUGAAGUUCUCCGAUCAUCUCCUCUUGCCACCUCCUCUCCUCUGCUUCCUUCCCAGCAGCAGGCUGCAACAGAAGGGCCGUGAACAGCAUGUGCAGAUACCCACUUCCCGCGUACUGUAAUCGCAAUGGCUGACACCAGUCCAGCCAACAGCUCGGCAGAGGGGUCGCCAUGAACACCCCCUGGGUCCCACUGCUCACAAAUUGGACCCUAUAUGACACUGACAUCAGCGAUGAUGAAAUAGGACUGGUCCCAUCGUGGAAGACGACACGGUUAUAGCAGGAACAGUGCUGGUGCCCGUCGCAGCGAUGAUGGACAGUUUCGCUUGGCGUAGGAGCCACUCGAUGGUCUCCCCCUCGGAAUGGUGGCUGAGUUCUCAAGUUAGCUAGACAAUCCGAGCAGCAUAGAGGGCCAGCAUCCGUACACGGCAGCCUCGGCCGUUGACCUUAGUAUAAUGGUCCUUUGAGGAAGUGGUCGAAAGGGCACGUUUUCGUGGGUGGACUAGUUAGUUCUUCAGUGGCCAAGGCUCACAACGGUUGUGGCAGUGGUGGUAGAAAGGUUAGGAUUUUGUUGCUUGCGAAGGAUGUCUGAGGCCAUUUACUAUUUUAAUCAAAUGAAAUAAAAAUAAAAGAGAAACGGAGAGUGAAAAAUAGAGAGAAAGAAGAGGAACUGGAUUUUUCAAUGUAUUUAAAAUCGAAUUAGUGAUUGAAUUAAUUAUUUCA